AUGAUUAUUGAGAGUCGUCCCGGUGCUAAAAAAGCCCAAAAAUCGUUUAAUGUAUUGGCACUUGAUAAUGAAAAACAUGUACAAUGUAGUGAAUCACCAACAACAACUAUUAAAGAAAAUAAUACAAGAGACAGUUCAACAGCAAGUCUUACUAGAACAAUGAAUAAUCCAUCAGUUAAUUUACCACAAGAUCAAUUACCUGUUCCUAUUCGGUUAUCGCCAGUUUAUCCGAUAUCUUCAACAUAA